UCUUUGUUCGUCACUAUGGGAACAAGUCAGCCUAUCCUGAAUGGCUGUUAGAUCACGCAGAGUGAUGCUCGUGUCUCAGUGUAAGUUCAUCGCGGAGCAGGCUGGCGCUGCCAUCGCCUCACCUCCAGCUCUUGCCUCCUGGAAAGCCAGCGCCAUGCAGGACCCCCCUCGGAGGCUGUCUGCCAUGCCGUUCCUCAGCGCCUUUCUCCAGGGCCGCCGACACUCUGCCUCCGACCCCCUGCUGCGUCUGCAGCAGGGGCGGCGCAGCUCCGCCGCCAAGAUGCUGUCCUCGUCCUCUCUCCAGGUGAUGGUGGCGAUGUCCUCCGUCAGCUGUGCCGAGAGAAGCCCAACUUGCCCCGAGAGAAAAAGAAAUCCCGGACGUCCAACACCGAAGUACACGAAAGUCGGAGAGCGUUUACGGCAUGUCAUUCCUGGACAUGUGGCCUGCUCCGUGGCAUGUGGUGGCAAAGCUUGCAAGUAUGAAAACCCAGCGCGCUGGAGCGAGCAGGAGCAGGCUAUCAAGGGGGUCUACUCGUCAUGGGUCACUGAUCAUAUCCUGGCCAUGGCGCGCCCGUCCACGGAGCUCCUAGAGAAGUACUGCAUCAUCGAGCAGUUCCGAAGUCACGGUAUAAAAACUAUCAUCAACCUGCAGCGUCCUGGUGAGCAUGCCAGCUGUGGGAACCCUCUGGAACAAGAAAGUGGCUUCACGUACCUUCCUGAAGCUUUCAUGGAGGCUGGCAUUUAUUUCUACAAUUUCGGGUGGAAGGAUUAUGGUGUAGCGUCACUUACCACCAUCUUAGAUAUGGUAAAGGUGAUGACAUUUGCCUUACAAGAAGGAAAAGUAGCUGUCCACUGUCAUGCAGGGCUUGGUCGAACAGGUGUUUUAAUAGCAUGUUACUUAGUUUUUGCAACAAGAAUGACUGCCGACCAAGCAAUUAUAUUUGUUCGGGCAAAACGACCUAAUUCCAUACAAACGCGAGGACAGCUACUGUGUGUAAGGGAAUUCACCCAGUUUCUGGUUCCUCUUCGCAAUGUCUUCUCUUGCUGUGACCCCAAGGCCCAUGCUGUCACCCUAGCACAGUACCUAAUUCGCCAGCACCAUCUGCUUCAUGGAUACGAGGCCCGACUUCUGAAACACGUACCAAAAAUUAUCCACCUCGUUUGCAGAUUGCUGCUGGACUUGGCUGAGAACAGGCCGGUGGUGAGGCAGGAAGUGGCGGCAGUACCUGGCCUCUCUGCUGAGAUUGAAAAGACCGUUUCUGAGGUGGUCACAAGGCAGCUGGAGAAGGCGUUGCUGAGACAGGACAGCGACGCGUCGGGCUCUUUCGCCCCCAGCGCAGUGGUGGCAGAUUGUGAGAAUCAGGAUGCAGUUCUUUCCAGUGAGCAAGAGUUUGACCCUCUGUGGAAGAGGCGGAACAUUGAGUGCCUUCAGCCCCUGACUCAUCUGAAAAGACGGCUUAGCUACAGCGACUCGGAUUUAAAGAGGGCCGAGUCCGUCCUGGAGCGAGGGGGCACGCCGUGGACGGCGCCUGCCCAGGGCUUGCUCUGCCACAAGCCCAUCAGCCGUUGUGACUCUUCACGGUCCCCACAGCCAGAUUUAAAUAAGGAAACGCUGGCUUGCAGCGCUUUUUCUUUCUGGAAUCAGGCUAAAUUUGGAGGCCUGGAAAGACUGAGAGAUGACGGGUCACCAGUUUCCUCUAGGACGAACAUUCCAAAGGAAAUACAGCGAAGUAGAACCUUUUCUUCAGGUGUUUCGGGAUCAUGCAACCCUGGGGAACCAGUUACACCAAACUUGGCACAUAUCCCUAAGGAACCAAACUGUUCUCACCAGCAGGUGUCCCACUGUGGACGUGAAGCUCUCGGUGGUUGUGGCCCGGGCUCUGCUGCAGGGCAUGGGGAGACUUGCCGCUGCCCUUGGGGCUGUGGGUCCGGUCCCAAAGCACAGCUCUCGGUUGGACUUGAAACCCAGGACGGCAGAGAUCUGUCUAAAGCCACGCCAAGCACAGUUUUACAGUCUGAACUGAGUGUUGAAGCAAGGAGAAUAGUGGCAGCCAAAGCCCUGGCAAAUUUAGAUGAGUUUGCAGAAGAGGAGGAGGUGAAAAGGAAGGUAGAAAUGUGGCAGAAAGAACUAAAUUCCCGAGAUGGAGCUUGGGAAAGACUGUGUGGCGAGAGGGAUCCUCUCACCCUGUGCAGCUUGAUGUGGUCCUGGGUGGAGCAGCUGAAGGAGCCUGUGAUCCCCAGACGGGACGUGGACACGCUGCUUGACAGGCGGGCGGAGGCCGCGGAAGCGCUGUUUCUGUUAGACAAGGGCCAGCACCAGACCAUCCUGUGUGUGUUGCACUGCGUAGCGAGCCUGCGGGCGAUUCCUGCAGACGUGGAGGAGGCCAUUCUUGCCCGCGCCAUCAAAGCUUUCACUAAGGUUAGUUUUGAUUCUGAAAAUGGACCAGUAGUUUACAACACCCUGAAGAAAAUAUUUAAGCACACGCUGGAAGAAAAAAGAAAAAUGACAAAAGACGACCCUAAGCCUGACGUUUGGUGAAGCUGGCUUGCCUUGAUGUUCGUGGGGACUGUUUUGGAUCUGAAGAUCUUGCUGGCGUUUCUGCUGGCGGGUGAACAGGUUGACGUGUGGGACUGGUCCCUCCUACAGCACUUCAUUCCAGAUGUUCUCGGUUUGUGCGAGGAAUUCUUGUUCCUCUUUGGAGCAGUUAUUUAUUUUAAAAUAUCCUUGAGUUAACGUUUUUGGUUGAAAAGUUGCCAUGAAGUUAGUGCCACUUCUUUUAUUUAUUGAACGGAAUUAAUAUUGUGUUGCUAUGUUAAGUAUGUGCUGUUUACAUCCUUGUUCCUUUUGACAUUUGGGAAGAAGCUGUAACUCUUCUUUCCAAAACAUUUUAUUGACAGGACUCUUCCUAGAGUUUUUACCAAAUAGAUCAUUUCAGUGGUGAAGCUUCACCGUGUGUCCGUCCCCCCGAUACAUGACCUAAGGAAGUCACCAAGUGUCUUAAACUGAUUUAUGCUUGCUCAUAAGAAGGCCAGUGAGUCAACAUUUUUAAAGGCAUUUUUUUUAUUGGUUUGAAUUUGUUUGCUUUUUCUUUUUAUAACUGUGGUAAACAGGUCUCAGAGUAUAUUAUUUCUCAGAGUGAUUUAGUUUUACUCCAAAGGAUCGCCAGUGAGGUGUUUGGGAUUUUUUCAUUGUAGGAAAUAGAUUUGCUCUUCGUCGGGCUCCCAGACAGCCUCACUGACCUCUGCUGUCGUGGGAGGGAGGAGCAGUUCUCGACACGUGAAGCCUUCCUCCCGCUCCCCUGGGCUGUUGCUAAGCCAGACAGCAUCUUCACAGAGAAGGCGGGACCAGUGGCAGGCGGCGUGGGGAGCUGCUAGACUCCGGCAGGAAGAACUGUCUUGCAGGGGCGGCUGCUGCCGGGAGGCAGCUCUGUUCAUGCAGAUGUGGGGACAGCAUCCGCCCCAGCCCACACCUCCCACAGCCACCUGUUCCAUAGCCCCAGUUGCCUCACGGCCCUAUUUUUGGCUGCUUCUCUAUCAGGAGAAUUAAGUUUUUAAGUUGAAUUUGACCCAGUAGGUUGCGCUCACCCUCCUGGUUUUAGAUAAGAAGUAAUUGCCUAAACUGUUUAGUUCCCGGUAAACCAAACUCUCAACUGGCAGUUGAAGCCAGAACAAUUAUUUAAAUGAAUAUGUGGGGCACGAGAUGCUGUGCCGCAGAGAGGAGAGUAGUUUUUACCAAUAAAGGUGAUGUUAAACCAGUUCAAACCAAAGCUGCUGCUUGAUCUUAAAGACGGAAUUUCAGGGGAAGCCAGGCUAAUUUACAACAAAUGAAAUUCCUCCAACUCCUGGCUUUCUGAGUCAGGCUCCAGCACAUCAAAAACGGUUUAGUCACUGUCAGUCUUACAGACUCCAGGGGCAAAUGCUAAAUGCCGUUUUCUCCCACACUGUGUGAAUUUUUAGGAAAUCAAAUCCAGUGAAUUUUAACGAACGGGGUUGCCCACUCCUGAAAUUUCUUAUUUUCAAGUGCCUGAUCUGGGAAAGAAGGAGAGAAAACAGUUACGUUCAUCCAAAGGUACAUUAUAAAAAUGUGAUUUUUAAAUCUAAAACUGUGGUUAACCUCAUCUCUGUCAGUCUCGUAUGGGCAGGUGCCACUGGGGCUCGUUUGACAAGUGGCUGUCGGCCUGUGCGUCCAAAAUGAUUGUUUCAAAUUAGAGGCCAGAUCCUGCACAGCCCUGAUGUGACCACAGCAGUGAACGCUGAAAGUCUGAAUGCACCAGCCUGGAAAAGAGAGACGGUAGGAGAAAUGUACCGAGCUGUACACAGGUUUUGUAUUUGAAUAAAAGCGAAAAGAACGACCCAUA